GUAGGCUGGAAUCACCCCCACCCCCUUCUCUCUCUCUCUCCUCUCUGUACAUAUACAAAUCCAUCCGGGAAAACCCCAGCAUCCAGCCUCUAUGAAUCUAUGUUCACCCGUCUAGGUUAACCAGUUUUAUUUGAUUAUUUUUGUCUCAGAUCCAUUGGCUAGUUUCAGUAUCAGGCGCCAUCGGACCUCUGGAAAUCAUCGAAUCUUCAUCGGUCCGAACAUUUUCACUUAUCUCGAUCUGUAGAUCGUUGAAACAAUUCGCGUCUAUAGGAAUCGUUCAUUUACUUAUGGUAUAAAUAUUAAAUAUAUGCUACUUAUAGGUUAUUGAUCUAUUUCGGACGGACGGACGACGGUUCAAGGGAAUGGAAAGAUUGUUGAAAGAAUCUACUAGAGAUUGAAGAUGCCUGGUUUAGCUCAGAGAAAUUAUCAACAAUUCACUAAUGGAAGUAUAUUGUCCAGCCCCUUGUCUUGCUCUAACGGAUCCAUUUCCGUCAAUGGAUUUUGGUCAAACCAUCGAGAUGACAUUAGCUACAACCAGCUCCAGAAGUUCUGGAGUGAUUUGUCAACACAAGCCAGGCAAGAGCUCCUACGGAUUGACAAACAAACACUUUUUGAGCAAGCUCGUAGAAAUAUGUAUUGCUCUCGCUGCAAUGGGUUAUUGCUGGAAGGAUUUUUGCAGAUUGUCAUGUAUGGGAAGUCUUUACAACUGGAGGGAUCAGGCAAGCAACAUAUUUGCAAUGGACCAGGAGCUUCUGUAAUUCAAAAUAAUGGUGAGCUAUGUGCAACGGAAAAUUGCCAAGAUGAAGUUCAAGAUCCAUCAGUCCAUCCAUGGGGAGGUUUGACCAGUACAAAGGAUGGGAUGCUUACCUUGUUGGAUUGUUAUUUAUAUUCAAAGUGUUUAAGGGGACUCCAGAAUGUGUUUGACAGUGCACGUGCAAGAGAAAGAGAACGUGAAUUACUUUAUCCUGAUGCUUGUGGUGGGGCAAGUCGAGGUUGGAUAAGCCAGGGUAUGAUGAGUUAUGGAAGAGGGCAUGGAACAAGGGAAACAUGUGCUCUACAUACUGCUAGACUUUCAGUUGAUACAUUGGUGGACUUUUGGUCUGCGCUUGGUGAAGAAACACAACAUUCUCUUCUAAGGAUGAAAGAGGAGGAUUUCAUAGAGAGGCUCAUGUACAGGUUUGAUAGCAAGAGAUUCUGCAGAGAUUGCAGGAGGAAUGUUAUACGUGAGUUCAAGGAACUAAAGGAAUUAAAACGUAUGAGGAGGGAAACUCGCUGUAGCAGUUGGUUCUGUGCAGCUGAUACAGCCUUCCAAUAUGAGGUUUCUCAUGAUUCUGUCCAAGCUGACUGGAACCAAUCAUUCACAGAUAGCGCUGGAGCAUACCAUCAUUAUGAAUGGGCCAUUGGUACUUGUGAAGGGAAGUCUGACAUUCUUGAAUUUGAAAAUGCUGGAACAAGCGGAAGGGUUCAUGUUAGUGGCUUAAACCUUGAUGGCUUAAAUGCUUGCUAUAUCACACUUAGAGCUUGGAGAAUGGAUGGCCGAUGCACAGAACUUUCUGUCAAGGCUCAUGCUUUGAAAGGCCAACAGUGUGUGCACUGCAGGCUUGUGGUAGGUGAUGGUUAUGUUACAAUUACGAGAGGAGAAAAUAUCAGAAGGUUUUUUGAGCAUGCCGAAGAGGCUGAAGAAGAAGAGGAUGAUGAUUCAGUGGAUAAGGAUGGAAAUGAACUAGAUGGAGGGUGUUCUCGUCCUCAGAAGCAUGCUAAGAGUCCUGAGCUUGCUCGCGAAUUUCUUGUGGAUGCUGCAACUGUAAUUUUCAAGGAACAGGUAGAGAAGGCGUUUAGAGAAGGAACUGCACGGCAAAAUGCUCAUAGCAUAUUUGUAUGUCUUGCUCUCAAGCUGUUGGAAGAACGUCUUCAUGUUGCAUGCAAAGAAAUAAUCACACUAGAAAAGCAGGUGAAACUCCUUGAAGAGGAAGAAAAGGAAAAGCGAGAAGAGGAAGAGAAAAAGGAAAGAAGAAGAGCAAAAGAAAGGGACAAAAAGCUAAGGAGGAAGGAGAGAUUGAGGGAAAAAGAAAAGGACAAAGACAAAGAGAAGAAAUCUGAGGAAUCUUCUUCUGAGUCAAGUCACAGUCCCACUGUUCCCGACAUUUCAAAGGAGGAAGAAGAAGCUUUGGUAAAUGACGACGAUGAUGAUGAGGAUUCAAAUCUCAUGAAUAACACAGACGAGGCUAUUACAUGUACGCCUCCAUCCCCAAAUGGUCAAGUUGAAUCUUCUAUUUACUCUUCUACUGAGCCUGCAAAUUCAAACGGUAAAAGUUUACAUACCCCUGAAAACCUAAAACAAUCUCAUCGAAAAAUCACUCCCAGGAAAGACAUCGAAUCAGAUCCAUCUUUAAAAUGGACAGACAGAUGGCGACUUAAAGUAUCUUCUGAAAACGGAGUCUCAGUAAACAAACCCGACCCAAGAAACUGUGAAUGUGAUUCCGAAACUCCUGCAAAGAGCACCAAGGUAAGUAUGAACAAGCAACAACCGAGGAGUAGUAGUAAAAAUAACAAUGGUGUCCAUUGCUUAAACUGCCGUGCACGCGAUAGAUAUGACUUCAAUUCCUGCAGCUGCGGUCAACAACGCAAUAACGACUACAAAGUUAAGGUAGAUCGAUAUGUUUCUUCAACAAGAAUAGAACAUUCACCAGAUUCGUCAAAGCCAUUUUAUCGUCCUAAUAAGCUCAAAGCCAGAGACUUUCCUCUUGUAAGAAAAGUCUGGGAACCAAUGGAAUCGCAGAAAUCAAAUCAUCUUCCCAAAUCACCAUCUUCUUCUGCUACUGCUGUUGCUGAUGUUGCUGAUGUUGUUAUUCCCAAAUUGGAUGACAGCUGUCAAAUGGAAAUUGACUCACAUUGUGUAGUAAACAAUAAAGAAACAAACGAUGAUGAGGAUGUAGAAUCAUGUCCGGUUGCUGCAUCGUUGUCAGGAUCUGACAACUGUUCGUCGUGUCCAAGUGAAGGAGACAAAAUAACUGCCUUUUCAAGCUCCCCAAACCCAGAAUCGUCUUCAUCUUCCUCAGACUCUGAAGAACAUCUUAACACAAAGGGUUCAAUAGAAGAGCAGUCGAUAAAGGAAUCUCAACCUAUUAAGGCGAAUAUAAUUAGUCCUCAACAACAUCAUCAUCAUCAAGGAAUGUUUCAGCAGAUUCAGAAUCAGAGACUUCAACAGGUUCCAAUCUUUCAAGCACCUUCACCAAUAGGAUACUACCAUCAUCAUCAUCAAGCACCCCCGGUUCCUUGGACAACAGCAGCUCAUCACGCUAAUGGAUUAUUACCCUACCCAGUUUUUGCUACUCCAAUGGGAUUCAGUUUAAAUGGGAAUUCGCACUUCAUGCAGUACGGUUCUUUACAUCUCCCACCGCCACCUUCCCCGUUGGUUAGUCACAGCCAGUUGCCUUCUUAUCAGCCAAUUGCUAGAUCUAAUAAUGGGACGGAAUCAUCAUUGAAUCAAACUAAGAUACCUCCUAAUAAUAAGACGACAGCAGGCAGUGAAAGAAAUGGAGGAGAAGAGAAGAAUUCAGGGUUUUCUCUGUUCCAUUUUGGUGGUCCUGCAGCACUUUCAGAUGGGUAUAACUCGAAUUCGAAUCCUCCUUUGCCGACAAAAGAAGAAGGGGUUGUUGGUGCUUGCGAUAAAAAGGAUGAUACUAUUGAAGAGUAUAAUUUGUUUGCUGCGGGCAAUGGCAUCAAAUUCCAGUUUCCAUUUUUCUAAUAAAGCUACUACUACUACUAGGUUGUGAGGUGGUGCUGCUGCUGCUACCUACUUACACACAAUCUAUCCACCAGUUCCAGCAGUUAUAUUUCAAGGAUAUGCUGUAAGUUUGAAACAAAAUAAGAUUUUUCUGCUUACAAAAUUUUCAGCAUAUACAACUACAACAAAGCCUUUUUCAUGUUGGUUUCUCUCUUUUUACAAUAUGAUUAUACUUUUUUACAA